UUGCUGCACGAUUUCCCGGAGUUCCUGUGCGAUUACCACUUUGCAUUCUGCGACGUCAUCCCGCCGAACUGCAUCCAGAUGCGCAACUUGAUCCUAUCGCCGUAUCCACGCAACAUGCGCCUUCCCGAUCCGUUCACACCGAACCUGAAGGUCGACAUGCUGACCGACAUCGGCGGAUCACCGCGCGUGUCCAUCAACUAUGCGGCCGCCAUUCAGCCGGCCAGCUUCAAGAAGGAUCUCGACUCGUACCUGAAGGCCCGCGCUCCGGUGACCUUCCUGUCCGAGCUGCGAUCGAAUCUGCAGAUCUCGAACGAUGUCGGCUCGCGCUACAAUAUUCCGCUGAUGAAUGCGCUAGUCCUGUACGUCGGCACGCAAGCCAUCGCUCACAUUAGAUCCAAAAACCAGGUCCCAACGAUGGCGACCAUCGUGCACAGUGCGCACAUGGACAUCUUCCAGAAUCUGGCCGUCGAUCUCGAUACCGAGGGACGGUACCUGUUCCUGAAUGCGAUCGCCAAUCAGCUGCGCUACCCGAACAGCCACACGCACUACUUUAGCUGCUGCAUUCUGUACCUCUUCGAUGAGGCCAACUCGGAAGCCAUUCAGGAACAAAUCACUCGUGUACUGCUCGAACGGUUGAUCGUGAACCGACCGCAUCCGUGGGGUCUGCUGAUCACCUUCAUCGAGCUGAUCAAGAACCCGCUGUACAAGUUCUGGGAUCACGAUUUCGUCCACUGUGCGCCCGAGAUUGAACGUCUCUUCGAGUCGGUCGCUAAAUCGUGCAUGGUAAACACCAAGAGCCAGCAGCAGAUUCAGAACGUCGAGUCGGACAUUGCGGAGUGCAACUAAAAGGGGGUGCGUCUCUUCCGGUUACAGAAGCAAUACCAACCCUCACGCAACAACGCCGAUGGCCUAUCAUGCGGACUCGGAUGCGAAUUCUUCCGUUGCCUGUGAAGUGGUGGCCCGCCACAGGCAACGAAAGAGGAGACCCCAACGUAUGUGUGUAUAGAACUUUCACGCUGGUGAACCCACAACGUCCCUGUCACUGGUGACCUGCGUAAAACGUUUUAGAUUGCUCAGCAGCUUGUGUGUGUUUUUCAUUCGUGGCCUGUGGCCUGUUACUAAAUUAGUCUCACCACAGCAGAGCGAAGGCUGUCGGGAAUAUCGGGAAUGAAGGUUGCAAAAUUUUAAGUGUUGUACAUAGCUCAAAGCAGUGAGAAAAAAAAUGAAAACUGGAGUCAGUGUAGAGAUAGGCGCAAGGGAAUUAGGCACACGUCUGAUGCCGGAAGCCGGAACGUCAUUAUGAACUGGAGUGAAUCAUUGUCUAAUUUUUAGUUAUUGUGUUGUAACAUCAUUUGUGAACAAA